CUUGAGCAAGCUAAGAAAAGGAGGGUUUCGGUGUCUUCGCGUGCAUUGUUCCGUCGGAAGAAUCCAUUGCUUUAACCUGGUAUCUCUUGAUCGCUCAACAUGGAAUUCCUGCAAAAUCUCCCCCGUCCGACGAUCGAUCGGCCGUUUGGCAUUCACCUAUGGCCCAUCUUCGACAAGGCGUUCGAAACCGUGGUGGGCUAUCCCACCAGCGAAUUCCACUUCGAGAGAGGCGUGACGCCCAUGUCCACUCUGAAUGAGACGGCCAUCGCGCUUGUUGCCUACUAUGUGAUCAUCUUCGGAGGUCGCGAGUUCAUGAGGAACAGACCCGCUUUCAAGCUCAACACCCUGUUCAUGAUCCACAACCUCUACCUGACCCUGAUCAGCGGAACCCUCUUGGCCCUCUUCAUCGAGCAGCUUCUUCCUACUAUCUGGAGACACGGUAUCUUCUUCUCUAUUUGCAACCACGACGGUGGAUGGACGUCGCCCCUGGUCGUUCUGUACUACCUCAACUACCUCACCAAGUACCUCGAACUCCUUGACACCGUUUUCCUCUUCCUCAAGAAGAAGCCGUUGACCUUCCUCCACACCUACCACCAUGGCGCUACCGCUCUUCUCUGCUACACUCAGCUUAUCGGCUCGACCGCCGUCUCGUGGGUGGUCAUUGAUAUCAACCUUCUGGUCCACGUUGUUAUGUACUGGUACUACUUCCAGAGCGCCCGUGGCAUUCGCAUCUGGUGGAAGGAGUGGAUCACUCGCCUCCAGAUCAUCCAGUUCGUCAUUGAUCUUGGCUUUGUCUACUUCGCUUCGUACACCUACUUCACCUCGACCUACUUCCCUUGGGCUCCCAACAUGGGCAGCUGUGCCGGAGAGGAAUUCGCCGCCUUCUCCGGAAUGGCCGUCAUCACCUCUUACCUCUUCCUCUUCAUCUCCUUCUACAUCGUCACCUACAAGAAGGCUGCCAAGACUGGCCGCCCCCGUCGCAACACCGGCAAGCAGGCUGUUAUCGACAUGGCCAAGUUCGAGGUCGCGGGAGACAAGAGCAACAAGUCGAACGGCGCUGCCGUGUCCACCGGCCGCUCCAACGGCCCUACUACCCGCUCUCGUAAGGCUUAAGUCUUGCGGUAAAACUCUUCUAUUCUGCAACCCACUUUUGACCAACUUAUUCUCCGUCCGCUGCUCGCCUCACCACUCGUGUUUUGGCGAAUACAUGGACCGGCGAUAAUACCGCAA